CGAGCCGACAGCCAGGAAAUUCUAACGCAAGCACCGCUCCUGAUGGGAUAAUCGUGUGUGUCAUACCACCCCGGGCAGUGGUGGGUCCUACUUUCCACUUUGUGCCAGCGACACUGGGCGGUUCUCGUAUCACCUUGGAGCCUCGGGGAAGACGGAAGCCCGGCGGAAUCAUUCUUUCCACCCGGGCCGGCCUGCCUGACGCCGGCCGGGGAUGGCCUUGCCAAAGUGGUCGGAGCGUGAACCGGGGGAAACACUGGCCUCUGGGCUUCCCGGCUCCUCUGUCAGGCACAGAAUCUACAGUUGCUCUCUCCUCACGCCCCCCAAAAAUGACACCUUCAAAACCAUCUGGGGCCUUCUCCUUUGCUUCCUCCUCCUCCCCUCCCAUCCCUCGUCCCUUCCGGCCUGUCGCUUUCUAAAGUUGAAUGGAGGCAGAAAACAGAGGGGUGCAGACAGGGAGAUUUUGAGGAGGAGAUUUUCCCACCAGUCCUUUGCCAAGUUUGAAUCCCUCUUCCGAACCUAUGACAAGGAUAUCACCUUCCAGUAUUUUAAGAGCUUCAAACGAGUCCGAAUAAACUUCAGCAGCCCCCUGUCAGCGGCGGAUGCCAGACUCCAGCUGCACAAGACCGAAUUUCUCGGGAAAGAGAUCAAGCUGUAUUUUGCUCAGACUCUGCACAUAGGGAGCGCCCACCUGGCCCCGCCUAAUCCAGACAAGCAGUUCCUGAUCUCUCCCCCCGCCUCUCCCCCUGUGGACUGGAAGCAAGUGGAAGACGCCACGCCCGUCAUCAAUUAUGACCUCUUGUACGCCAUCUCCAAGCUGGGCCCAGGGGAGAAGUACGAACUGCACGCAGCCACCGACACCACCCCCAGCGUGGUGGUACACGUGUGCGAGAGCGACCAGGAGGACGACGAGGACGAGGAGGAGGAGGAAGCCGUGAAGAGACCCAAGCCGAAAAUCAUCCAGACCCGGCGGCCCGACUACACGCCGAUCCGCCUCAGCUGAACGGACGCCCGGCCGGGCCGCGUUCUGAACCGCCGGGCUCGGGCGAGAACCAUUUUCCCCAGGAGCGGCCUGUUCCCGGAGAAGCCGGUGGGCGCGGUGGGAGUCGGAGCGGAGAUUCCACUUCCCGCUCGACCGCCACGUUGUCGUCAACCCCGGCCACGAGGGGAAACUUCCCGGGGCCCCCGGAACGGCCGCGGGGGUGUUGGGGGAGACUUCCAGGCAGGAAUCGAGAAAUCCGAAAAUGAUGUCUUGUCUUUCCUUUCUUAAUUCCUUUUUGGGUGGGGUGCUCUGUUCUUUCAAAGGAGCAGGCUGGGUGGGGAGAGCUCGCUGUUCGACCGGGCCACUUUUUUUAAGGUUUCAUUGUUUCGUGCAUGUGUGUCACUGAUUCGGGAGUCCGACUUUUGCGUCGUCGUCCGUAGGGCUUCACGGUCCUCGCUACAUUUUGGGGGAGCUGAGAAAGGUUUCAGUUAUUUAUUGCCUAGCCGGAUCCCAGCGCCUCCAGCCAACACGCGGCAGGAGAACAUUUACGGGUCAGGUUAUUAGGUGCGAUAUGGACUCUGCGCUAUUCAAAAGAAGUGGAUCUGGAUUAUGAAGUUCACACAUCAGGUUUUAGCUUACAGAGUUGUGGAAAGAACAGUUUGGGGGGGUUUUGUUGUUGUUUUGUUUUUCAGUUAUACAGGUGAAGUAAGUGGGCUGUCUCAGCGAAUAACAGUUCGCCCACUGGUGAAAUGUUGGCCUCGGGUAUAUUGAAUUUUCUCCACCGACACACAAAAAUCCUCAGACCUGUAAACGCAACCAAUUCCGUGCGUCCACAGUCGUGUCCGCUGAGGUGAGAGGCAGGUGCCUGGGAGGUCCCGAGGGCCCAGGCAGUGCCCAAGUGUCACCGGGGGAUCGAACUCAGAAACGGGGGUGCAGAUUUUGAGGUGGGGGGCUGCAGUGCCUUCUCCUGCUACUCCCCCCUGAGAUGGUGGGCAACUGGACAUGUGUGUGCUUUUAUCCUGGUGGCCAGCAGUCCAACUGUGUCGAUAACUCUCCAACACGGGCACAUCUUUCAGAGAUGCCCAUUACCCAGAGACGGCACAGGCCAAAGAGGUCCAUGGGGCUGGUUUUCUUUAAGAACAAACAAGCCUGCAUCCUUCUCUUCAAUUGCCAUUAUCUGGAAAAUGGCCACCUAACUCUCAGUAGCCUGUUUACAGCAUGGGGGUGGGGGAAGGGGAUGUCUAAUUUUCAACUGGAGCACCUAACUUCAGGAUAUUUUUUUUAACUACAUUCUAUAAUAAAUUGGUACAACAUGCUA